CCUUUGGAACCAACAAAUGACUGAUCAUAUCAAAGUUAGAACAGUUUUGGAUGGUAUUGUCAAGGUACCAAAAUCCACUACUCUACAAACCAUCACCGAUCUCAAGAAGGGAAUUUACAAUUUACGAGGAUGGGAAGCAUCCACACAACAUUUGUAUCAGAAUGGUACUGAGUUGAAGGAUGAUCAAACUCUUUCCGAUUCACUUCUUUCCAAAGGCUUUGUAUUAUUAAUUCCAAUUAAUCAUCAACAGAGAAGAUAUAAGAGUAAGAUAGAGAUUGAAUCGGAGGCUCAACAAUCAACAGCUAGUAGUGGUUCUAAUUUAUUGCCAACAACUCCAACAUCAUCAGGAUCAACCGGAUCAGUCUCUGAUCAAUUGGCACAAAUUAUGCAUGAAUUUACAUCAACUCAUCCUUCAGGAAAUACCACUACAACCACCACUGCAACAAGACCUCCAACACAACCUGUACAAAAUACUACACAACCAAGAACAACUGCACCACCAACGACAACUCAACCACCAAGACCAACCCAACCAAGUAUUAGUGAUAUUCAAAGACAAUUAUUAAUUGAUAAUUUCCCUGUAGAUGAUGGUUUGGUAGGCAUGGUUAUGGAGUUGGGUUUUUCAAAGAGAAUUGCAAAGAAGGCUCUCAUUCUUCAUAAUCUCGACCCAGAAGCUGCAGUGGAAUGGAUAUUUUCAAACGUUGAUAAUCCAUACAUAUUGGAAAGUGAAUUUAGUGUAGAAGAACUCAUGCAAUUAGCUCAAAAAUACCAAAAUGCAAUGAGAGACGAAUAGAAGAGGAAACAAUUACUGAGCAAAUUAUCUCUGUAUUAUUAUCUCUUUUCAACAAAAUGCAAAAUGCAUUACUGAAUACAAUUUUCUCCAAUUAGGACUUGUUUU